AUGGCACUAGUCGAUUACACUUCGUCCGAUGAAGAAGAGGUCGUCGCGGACAACCUUAAUCAAGACAACGAAAGAAAUGGAAGGGAUGGAAGGAAUGCUACUACCGGUACAGGAACUUCAAAUUCAACACAUUUGAAGCGAAAACGAGACAUUUCUUCACCAUCUGAAUUACCUCCACUACCUUCCAAAUUUCAUGAUCUUUAUGCAUCAACUGUAAGAAACAGUACAACAGAUAAUCCAAGCUUACAUGGAGGAAAGAAAAGAAUUACUCCUCAUAUCGAGGGUAAUUGGCCAACGCAUAUUUAUAUUGAGUGGUAUCCUUCGACUACAGAAUAUGAUCUAUUAACAGCCUUGAUUUCAAAAGUUGCGUCGGUCAAAAGAUUCGAGAUUCAUACAUUCUUGACAAGUGACCUUGGGGUCCCUCUUCCAUUACAUGUCAGUCUUUCACGAGCAAUCGGAUUCUCCAAAGAUGUGAAAGAUACCUUCUUGACUUCAUUCGAGCAAGCCAUAAAAUUUUCCGGAAUUCGUCCAUUCGAAAUCGGAUUCUCCGGUUUAGCUUGGGUUCCUAAUUACGAAAAGACUCGAUGGUUCUUAGUUCUCCGUCUUAAAAGACCAGGAAGCGAUGCAUUGAACAAAUCACUUCAUGUCAGCAAUAAGGUCGUGGAAAGAUUUGGGCAGCCGCCACUAUACGCAAAUUCUAGGACUAGUGAAAAUAGCCCAAAGAAUGCUCACCCUAUCCAGGACAUCAAAAUGUUUAGAGCCAAGGCACGGCAAGAAAAGCAAAAUUUCAGCGAUAUGGUUGACUUGUCAGAGGCAUUUCACAUUAGCAUUGCUUGGACGCUCUUGCCACCAGACCAAGAGCUUAUUGAUGCUACCGAACGGUUGACGACCAAUGAACUAAUGAAAGUGAAGCAGAUUCAAAUAAAGUCCGGGGAACUCAAGGCCAAAAUUGGUAAUGUAGUGACCAAUGUGCCUCUUUCUAUGAGUGUCACGGAAGGCAAAGGUCUCUUUGGAUUUUGA